AUGUCUCCUAGAAUUGUGGUGAUCAAUAGUGUGGAUGCUAUCGUCCCAAAAACCCAAGAAGGUGCCGACAUUUUCACGGAUCUCGUUGGAUCAUCCAAAUCAGCAAAACACCUUAUUGUCGCCGGCGUAUGGCACGUCCAGGAUUUGGACGAACCUACUCCAGGCUGGGAGGCAGAUUGCAGUGAGGUCAAAUACGUUAUCGCAAAUGCAUUGAUUAUAAAGAACGAGGACACCGGCGACGUCAGCACCUUGACUGCAUACUUUGGAUUCCCACUAGAUCUGAAAUGUCGAUCAUUCGCUCAAAAGGUAUCUGUGUUCUUCAUGUUGAGCAGGCUCAGUGCGAAGGCAAAUUUGGAACUGGAGAGGCAUAAGUAG